GCUCUCUUUUUCCUCUCACUCACACUCUACACUCUCUUUAUAGUAGCACUGCCAAAAGAAAUAAUACUACUGUAGUAAUCAGGUAUGAUACUUGUCUGCUUUCUUGGGAUUAGAUUUUGGUCUGUGCCUGUUCCACACAGGUAUACCUAGAUAAAAUACUGUGUUGCUUUAUGUCCCAACUGUUGUUUUCAUGGAGCUUUGCUGAUUAAGAGGAAAUAAGAAAUGGAUGUGGCAGGCUUUUAUUUUGAUAAUGGUGCCGCUAAUUCUCCACGCAUGCUUGGAAUUGUUAACGAAUCCACUCAUAAACUUUUUCCUGCUAACUUUGGCUAAUAGACCACCCAGCUCUGGCAGUGAGGAGAAGGAGCACGGCACAAGUAGCCGUUGUUGUUAGGACAUGGCGCCAUUAUUGCAGGGUAAACGUCCUUAACAGUGUCGGAAAGAUGAUGCUAUUACCCUCCAAAUGAAACUUUUCAAAAGUGAUCCGAGUACCUCAUCCAUACGAACCCCCCUUUCAACACCUACUAGGCUACUGUUACCCAGCAUGAUGAACAUGGCGCCCCUCACUUCUUUUCCUUGUUUUGCUUUUCCUGUCUUUUUCUUGGAUUCGUUGGUUCUCUCCUUUCGGUACUUCUACUUGCGCUAGGGACCGUUCAGUUUCCUCUCUGCUUUGGUUAAAGCCAAGGGGAACAGGAAAUCAAAGAAUGCCCCUCCAUUCCUGGUAUGGAACGGAAGAGGCACCGCACACACCUUUCUGAAAUUUCUACUCUGAAAUCUUGAGCUUAUACAAACAAUAAAGGACUGAUGGUUGUGUGAGAAUGCUUUUUUUUUUUUGAUAAUGAACGCUUUAUUACUCAUAAAAAAGUAAUUACACCCGACCUCUGCAUAGCUAAGAUGCACACAGCCGUUCAAAAAGUCUUAAAAGUCUAGAGUUCUAAAAAAAGACGAAUUACAUAUCAGACAUGAGCAAAUGUAAAACGCCUAAGGUGAAGACGGAGGUCCAAUCCGUAGAUUAUGUUGCUACCCAUGUAGGGAAAAAGUAUCUCUCGCCAUGUCCUUCAACCGUGUACAGACCUCCGUAAACAGGUCGCGGUUCUCCACCUUCUGCAGCGCAGUCCACGAACAAAGAGUAGCGGUACAUCUGUAGAUAACCUGCAAGGGAGAAUAAUUCUUGUCAAUAAAAACUUUAUCAUUUCUACACAGCCAUAGCGACCAUAUAUGGCAAGCGCCUCCACCCUAAUAAACGUUCUAAAUCUGUGAUCGAUCCUAUGAAGCCAAUUAUCGAAGAUGUUGGCCACACUAGUCGGAGGAUACAUAUCAGAAGCUAUUUGGAUGCAUGACCAUAUAGAUCUGACAAAGCGACAUUGGAAGAACAAGUGUUUAAUUGUCUAAUUGUGUUGACAAAAAACACACUGCGUACUCCCAUGCCAAUUGCGUUUCACAAGAUUAUCUUUGGUUAGGAUUGCUCCUCGACGCAAAUACCAGCCAAAAAUCUUAAUUUUGAGCAGUAUCUUCAUCUUCCAAAUCUUCUUGUUUUUGUCAACUGGUAUUUCCGUUGGAUAAUGACAUUGUACAAUGAACUUACAAAAUUUUUUCCAUUGGAUUGUAAGUUCUAACGAAAUUCAUCUUGCCCUUCAGACAACUGGAUGGAUUCCAAACACAACAGUAAGGCAUUCCAUGCAAGAAGUCUCGGACCGAUUAAAUCUCGUCUAAAUGUCGCUGUCGGAGAUGAGGUUGCCAUUACUAAUGUAAUGAUAUCACUUUUGCGACAAACAAUGCUAUAUAACGCUGAAUAUUGUUCAGAGAGAGGCCUAUUCCUUAGCCAUGUAUCCUCCCAGAACCAUAUCUACGAUCCAUCCUUAAUAAUGAAAGUACCAUAUCUGAAGAAAAAUUUCUUCGCUGCAAUUAGACCAUCCCAAAAAUACGAGUCUCCCGGUUUCCAAAGGAUCUGGGAUAACGAUUUGUGACCGAUGUACUUUCUUCUAACCAUGGUCUGCCAUACGCCUUCUUCAGUUAGUAGCUUAAAAAGCCACUUACCUAAUAAGCCUGAGUUCUUGACCUCAAGGUCGUGAACUCCUAGCCCACCCAUAUUUUUUGGUCGGCAUACGAUAUACCACUUGACCAGUAGAUAUUUCUUUUUUUUACUAUCCCCUUGCUAAAAAAUCUCGAUCUAUAAUAAUCGAGCUUGUGUAAUACACCUUUAGGCAAAAUGAAGAAGUAUAUCAUAUACAACACCAUAUUGGUGUGUAUUGAAUUAAUGAGAACCAAUCUUCCUCCAAGGGAUAGCAUUUUACCUUUCCAACUACUAAGUCUCUUCUGAAGUCUUUCCUCGACUAGUUUCCACUUAGCCAGCGUUAAUCGAUAAUGAAUCGGGAUGCCCAGCUAGUUGAUAGGAAACUGGCCUUGACAACAACCAAAUUAUUCCGAAUAUUCGGCGAUUGAGCCCUAGGCGUCGCCAAAACAGAACAAUUCACUUUUAUGGAAGUUUAUUUUGAGUCCCGAUAAAUGCUCAAAAGCAGCCAAAAUUAGCUUUAAAUUUCGAGCUUUUUCGAGAUCAUGUUCCAUAAAUAAAAUUGUAUGGUUGGCGUAUUGAAGGAUUGCUAAACCACCAUCUACAAGAUGUGAUAUCACUCCUUCAAUUUGACCAUCAUAUUUAGCUCGUUCGAUCAAUAUAGCGAGCAUAUCCGUCACAAUGUUAAAUAAAAGUGGUGAUAGAGGGUCGCUGACCAGAGAUUAACUUGUCAAUGCCUACGGAUUGUAGACUUAGGGUUUCGUAGAAAGUAGAGGGCAAGUAGAUCUCUAAGGUUUAGCCGAAAAGGUGCUCGACUCAGAAAAUAUGGUGUGUGUUGACAAUAGAUUCGAUCAUUUCUUUCACCCUUGGCUCCCCUUUAUAUAGGAGGUGGAACCGAGGCUUUCCGUGUCGUACAAGUUACAAACUGUUGAUAGGCACGUUGGGCCUUUCCUAUCUUGCUACACGAUUCAUAAUACAACUCUAUUUUCCUUGUCGAGGAUCUAUGGGCUUCUGGGCCUUCGAUUCUUCGGGACGUGGGCCUCCAGAUAACCUCGGGUACUUUACUCGGCAGACCCUUUCGGCAUGCCUAUGUCAAUAGCCCCCGAGAUUUUGAUUAAGUCAUAGAUUCGACUAAAAUCUCCAUCGUAGAACCAAACCGCAGGUUUACAGAUCUUUCAGAUUACCAUAAUAUUUUGCUCAAUGUAUAUAUAUUGUAAAGGGAUAAUGGUAGAUGGAGUUGGUUCAUCUGACGGAUCAUGUACCAGUUAACUGCUCUCGUGGCAAACCCACAAAAACCUACUUCAAGCUCAAGUCGCUUGCCUCAAACUCGGGAUACUGGCGUAAUUCGACACGCGCCGCUUAAGGAGUUAUCGUGAACCGAAUUCCAGUUAUAUUUUAUCGAGUACCUAACGCGUCCGCUAGGAUUUUUCUUCGCGUAUGUUGACAUGUAUAAUAGUGGAAGAACGCAUUCGGGUGCGGUACCACGCCACACAGGAUAGAUCCUGGGGUCUUACCUUCAUAAUCUAUUUCGAGUUACGACAUUCAGUAUCGCGGCGGACGCGCACUGAGAAUAUAUUGUCGAGUGCAUUUUUCGGCUGCUGGAAUUGUGUAUUUAUUCGAGUCGUCCCGUGACAUAAUGUAUUGAUCUCCCGAUGGAAGUACAUGACGAGUUAUGUAUAACUCGAAGAUGUACGAUGAAAAUUCUUCGUCUAUAGCUAUAUAUUGUCUUGAUAUUCUGACCUUUCUUCUUCCUCAUAUUUCAUCGGGUGCGCGACCAGUGCUCCCGAUAGGAGUAGCCCCCGAGGCUACAGCCGAGUGUUUGGACUUGGUUGUAGGCUCAUAUUUUGUUAUUUUGAUCGACUCCGUGUUUUUUCUUUCGCCACGUCAUCUUAUUAGAAGUAUAGACAACACUUCUGAUAAGAGUAGCCCCCAGCAUAUGAACAGAUGCUUGCAUCUGAGCAUAGGCUCUCGAGUUUCUUUCUAACGCUGCACUUCUUCAGAUCCUGAAGUUUUGUUGUCGCUAUAUUUUGUUUCACCAUUUGAAUUUUUCUCAAAUGACGUCGUUGCUGACGACAGCCACGAACACCCACCUUGGGAAGCCACGACUCCUGGCAAUCCACUGUUGCGUGGGUCCAAAAAUCUGCACAUUCGACACGUCGUGCAAGUGGGCCGCACACGUCCUCCGGAAUUCCCGUCACGCGCGCAGUAACUUCCCUCCAGUAAAUUUAGUGUGAAAAGACCUUUUACCCCUCGACGACAUGGAAGCUCAGGAUAUCCUCCUUUCUCCAUCCAACGGCGUAGCGUCAUCGUCUUCCUCUAUAAAACCAAAACCUACUCCUCUUUUUCCCCUUUCACUGCACCGCACAUCUUCUCCCCUAUUCAUCUUCUUCCUUGAGCAUCUCGCGCCCACUCUCUCAUUCUUGCCGUCCUUCUCCACGCUUUGCACCAUGCCGCCGCGCACCAAGCGCUGCACGUCUCGUGCCUCAGGCACCGGCGAUCCUAUGGAGCAGGCCAUGAUCUCUGGGUGGGAGAGGUCGAAGCUAUCCGCCCAUAAUCAUAAGAUGAUGAAGAAGAUGGGCUCGUUCAAUAAGGAGACCAUGCAGAUGCGUGGAGACGAGAUUUCCCCUCAUCAUCCGAUUUUUGGGUAACAUUCAUCGAUUUCCUCAUUCGCGGCCUCUCUGUCCCUGUCCAUGAAUUUCUUCGUGGCUUGCUUUUUGUCUAUGGGAUUCAGCUACACCAGCUGACCCCCAACUCUCUUCUUCACAUUUCUAUAUUUAUCACACUUUGCGAGUGCUUCCUGGGCAUCCACCCUCACUAGGGCCUUUGGAAACACAUCUUCUAUCUCCGGCGCAACAACUUGAACAGCGUCACCUACAAUGUAGGUGGCGUUAUUAUCUGCGUUUGUACGGAUGUCGAUUAUUUUGAUGUCAAAUUUGCCGACUCCAUCCAACGCUGGCGCAGGAAGUGGCUUUAUAUCAAGGAUGAGUCAUCUAACACCCAAGAAUAUGGCAUUGCGCCCUUUGACGCUGCCGAAGAAAUUUAGAGACACAGAUCCUGGGAUGCCGAGGUAACAGCCGAAGAAAAGGCGGCUAUUGAUGCUCUGAUUGCCCGUAUCCACGAGCUUCAAAACACCAAUGGGGUAGAACUUUUAGGUGUGCAAAUUAUUUCACACUUCCUGCGCAUCCGCAUCCAACCUCUUCAGGCCUGAAGAAAUCCUAUGUGGAUGUAUUCAGGUGCCGAAGAUUCCGACAGAGUCUCUGCCGAGCUUCCUUUGAAGGACUUGGAGAAACUGGUCCGCCACUUUACUUCGUUGAGGAAGAGUAACGAAGUUCAUUCUUCCUGUCGCGUGGAGCCCUUAAGUGGCAGCCACACCCUUCCCGAAGUAAGUAACUUGUCUUCGAGUUCUGUAACUAUUUUGUUGACUCUUUUAUGCUUUAAUUGUUUGAUAAUUUUAUUUUUCCUUCUCAUGCUUUCUAUCCUUAGAACCAUCAAAUCCUUUCCUCUCUUCCUCCACUACUUGAAAGUGGUGAAGUGGAUCAGCGAGCUGUUGUCCGUGAUGACUCGCAAGAAUCCUCCAUGCUGGAGAGCGAACCCGCAUAAUCUCAAAAAACUGUGGGUUCCUCUAAUGAAGAGGCAUAAUCGGAGCAAUGCUCUGACUCUACUCACUCCGUUUCUCCUCCUCCUGCUGCGUCUCUAGAUGGUCGCAAGAGGAAGAGGAACGUUGACGAAGAUUCUAGCGCAUCCAAACUCGACAAACCAGCUACCGAAGAAUCUUCUCCUGACGACCAAGAGGCCUUCGAUCCCUUCGCCAUGACCGGUGACGUUGGUUUAGCUGACAAGGAAGAGGAAGAAGAUCUCGAAGCUUACGUGCCAGCUCCUACGAGCAUCUCCAACACGUUGGUUCUUUCUGAGGAACAUCGUGUUGCGUCAGGAGCCUCGCCUCCCCUGCGGCAUAAAUCAGAAACGCCAACUCCAGUGCCCAGCCCCCAAGCGCCGAAGCCGAAGAAAUCUAAAACCGGGGCUGGUAGCACACAUGAGCUUGCCACUGGGAGUAUGUUGGGUCCUCCCCUUGAUGAUCCCUUGAUGAAGAGGUUGAUCGACAUAGGCUCCCACUUCAUCGGGUUCCGUGACGAGGCUGCAACUUUAAAAGAAGCGAUGCGUCAGGCUAAAGAGCGCGCUAACGCCCUGGAGGCCAAACUCAAGGUCAGUGAGGAGGCCAAGCUUAAAUCUAUCAAGGAGGCCAAGCUCAAAGCCGACGAUUUGGAAGCCAGGCUUAAAACUAGCGAAACAGCUCGUAAGAAGGCUGAAAAAGAUGCUUCCGGUGACGAAGACUUGCACGGAAGACUUCAAGCUGUUGAAACGCCUUGAGCGAUAAAGAGGCCACGCAGGCGCGAGAGUGCUAUAAUCAAACGCCUCGAGACGCAGUCCCGAAGAUUUUCAAGUACAACUAUCUUUCCCUUGUCCUUUCGUUUUGUCUUGUGCAAACCUUAUCUUUUGUUAUUGACGAAGUCCCGAUUUUCCCCAGCAGGGAAGAUGGGUGAGCAAUACACUUUGAGCCAUGAAUCGGAGGAUCGUCUUACAGACACUCUCGAUAUUCUUGAGCGAAACUGUGACUUGGCGCAAAAGUGCAUAGCUUCGGCACGGAAUGCUUUGAAGCGCGUCUUCCCUCACUUCUUCCCAAAGGAUGUUCAAGCCGAAGUUUUCGCCCAACUCGCCCAUCACUUCCUCGAGGGGGAUGAUCCAGCUUUGGCUUAUCGUCAAGCCAGCUUAAAGAUAGGAGUCGAAGGGACCAUUGCUCUAGUGGCGGCUAGCGGCCAGAAGGUCGACUGGGUACAAGCUGCGACUCCUAAGGGUUUGACUGCUGAAAAGUGGAAAGCAUUUGUCAAGGGUGCCAAGCUUUAUUCGAAGAAGCUCAUAUCCUUCCUCGACCCGAAAUAUUCGGCUUCUGCUAUCACUGCUCAACCGGAGGUCAAGUAGACCAACUUGCUCCUCCCUUGUUUAUCUUUUUUAUAGCUAGUGCUGCCUUUUGCUCCUCCCGAUCAUUAGUAUGGGCUUCUUAUAAGCCUCAUUUUGUAAAGACAUCGAUGUAAUAUAUUUUGACUAUGAA